CGCAGCUCGGAUCAGAAGCAACCGGAAACAGAUUCGCGCAGAUCGCCAUGGAUUCAGCGGCCCGAAGGAGCGGCGGCGGCCUCUUCGAAGGCCUAUACAGGGUCAUCAUGCGCCGCAACUCCGUCUACGUCACCUUCGUCAUCGCCGGCGCCUUCCUCGGCGAGCGGGCUGUAGAUUAUGGAGUUCAUAAGCUGUGGGAGUACAAUAAUGUUGGGAAACGAUAUGAAGAUAUUUCAGUUCUGGGGACAAGGCAAUCGGAAGAAUGAGAUUACCAACGCUUCUCUUCGACAAUUCUAAAGUUUUCAUACUCUUGGAAAGUUGGACCGUGCAAAUUAUGCUUUAGGUAGGACUUCUCAUUUUUGUAAUAAAGUAUGGGCGGAUUCAGCUUAUCUAUCAACCUUCUUCCAUUCAACGAAAGUGUUUUUGAAGUGUCGAAUCAGUUGUGCACGGCCACAUUGACUUGAUUCUGCCAAUGAUUAUUGUUUAUUUCUGAGAUUA